AUGGCCAGAGACAGCAUCUUGCUUGAAAAGAAGGGUACCACUGAGACUGCGGGAGGCGGAGCGCCCCAGUGCAGUUUGAAUCGCUGGGUGCGGUUGUGGCAGCGCAAUCGCAGCGUUGUUCUUCUCGCUGACGAGACGGGGCUCGUGAAAGUUAGCAGCGGGUUGAAGUCAUAUUUGAUGGUGAGUUUGUCUGCCAGAGCAUCGGGUUCUCCGGGAUGCUGGGUUAAAGUGUGUGGGUACCUGUGGGACAUGCAAGAUGCCGAGGUUGUGUGCAGGCAGCUUGGCUGUGGCUCGCCUCUUGCUGUGAUGCACUAUUUCCCUUCGAGCACCUUGGACUAUCACCUGAUGACGGCGGUGGAUUGUGCAGGCUCUGAAAAGUAUUUGUGGGACUGCCCCUACGAGUACAUAAACUCUGACUGUUAUCACGGGGAUGCUUCUGUCAUAUGCUCAGACUCGGGACUGACAGUGCCUCCACCAACAGGUGCUGGUGCCUGUGGUGGCUUGCUUCAUGGUUUGUCCGGCUCGGUCCAGAGCCCAGGCUACCCCAACUCCUACCCCAACAACGCCUUCUGCAUGUGGCACAUAUGGCUGUUGGAGCUGGAUCGCAGAGUCGAGCUCCAGUUUUUGGAUGUCGAGCUGGGAGGGCGGCACUGCAUCAAGGUGUACGAUGGCGAGUCCGCUCAGGCCCCGCUCCUCGGGACUGUUUGCAGGAAUGACCAUCGCGUCUUCAGGUCAUCCGGGCACCAGCUGAGCAUCCUGUUUCACAGUGAUGGCAGCAUCACCAGAAGAGGUUUCCAGGCCUACUACUACUCAUUUCCCGCCUUCGGCAGCACCACAGUGCCAGGUAGCUCAAGCUUGACUCCCACAGUGACCACAGGGAGCUCCAGCUUGACGCCCCCUGUAUCAUCGACCUCAGAAGAUUAUUCUUGUGGCGGCUUGCUUUCCUCUCCCUCUGGUACAUUAGAGAGUCCGUUUUACCCCAGAAAUUAUCCAAAUAAUGCCAACUGUGUCUGGGAAAUAGAAGUAAAGAGCAACUUCCGUGUCAGACUCACAUUUAGAGAUGUUCAGAUGGAAGGUGGCAGAUGCCUGUCUGACUACGUGGAAGUCUAUGAUGGGCCACUCCGUACCUCUCCUCUCCUUGGGAAAUUUUGUUCUGGUUCUUUUCGCACGUACACCUCUUCCGCAAACCUGCUGACUGUCCGAUUUUACAGUAACUCUCGGCACACCUACAGAGGGUUUCGGGCUGGCUACUACUCCACUCCAGCAGAUCAGAGCACUACCCUGUUGUGUUUGCCGGACUACAUGCAUGCAGUUGUGAGCAGAUACUACCUUCAGUCACAAGGCUAUUCUGCUUGGAAUCUCUCCUUGAACGACCCCUAUUGCAAACCCAACGUUACAGCAGAGUAUGUUAUAUUCGACAUACCAUACACUCGCUGCGGCACAGUGAGAGAGGGAAACAACAAUACAAUAAUCUAUUCCAACCUUAUUAGAGGAUCCUCUUCUGGUACUGCAAUCACAAGAAAUAAAAAUCUUCACUUGCAUGUCAAGUGCAAAAUGCUCCAGAACACAUGGACACAAACAACGUAUCUUGCGGACGACAAUUUUGAAGUCAAUGAAACUCAGUAUGCCAGAUAUGAUGUGAACCUUACAUUUUAUCACUCUGCAUACUUCUCACGGCCAGUGUAUGAGUCACCAUACUAUGUUGAUAUCAACCAGGAUUUGUUCCUUGAAGCUUAUCUGCACAGCUCUGAUCCAAACCUGGUGUUAUUUGCAGACACAUGUGUUGCAUCGCCCACUCCCAACAAUUUUACAAGUGUCAUCUAUGAUAUAAUCAGGAAUGGGUGUGCUCGAGAUUCUACCUAUGCUACAUAUUAUUCACCCUACAGACAUGUGGUCAGGUUUAAAUUCAAUGCCUUCCAGUUUAUUCAUAACAAUCCAUUGGUUUACCUGCAGUGUGAACUGGUGGUGUGCAGGGCCUAUGACUAUUCGUCCAGAUGCUACCAAGGCUGUAUUGCUACGUCCAAGAAAGAGGCAAGCUCUGGCCAGGAAAGUGUGACUGUUGUUGCUGGCCCAGUACAGCUUCAGGAAGCUGGUGCUGAGAAUAGCAACACACGUGAUUUUAAAUAA